AUCUGACAUAUGUGUGUCACGUCACUCUAUUUUAGCGUAUUCCAAGAUGGCGCUGCAGAGGACGGUGGCGCGGUUGGUGCACAUCGGGACAGAUUUAGGGGUCAAAAAUAACGCGAGACAUUUUAAAACAAAAGCUGUAUUAUGUCGCCGGAGUGCACCACUUGGUCCAAUGCCAAAUGAAGAUAUAGACUGGAAGAACUUGGAGGCUCUGGAGAAAUAUUGCAGCUAUACACGCUACCUCAGAAUUGCAGAGGAGGCCAGUAAUAAAGAAGUCUGGUGGAAGACCUACAGGAAACAUGUGGAACAGAAAUCUGACAAAGACUUUAAGCCAGUGGACAUCGGCCUGCCUCACUGCCGACCCUCCAGGUUAAAGGAAGUUCGGGAACGAAGAAAGGUGAUGAAGGAAAACAAAAAGAACCCAGAGCUGGAGAGAGACGCUCGUCUACGCACGUUUCGCAUUCCUUUGGACCAAGUGAAGCAGGAAUGGGAGAAAACUAAUGGCCCUUACCACAUACAGAGGCUGGCAGAGCACUAUGGAAUAUACAGAGACCUUUUCCCCAUGGCGUAUUUUGUUCCAAGGGUAAUGCUGAGGGUGGCAUAUGGAGAUGACAGCAAUGCCAUGGUGCAUUAUGGCAAUCAUUUAUCACCUAGUCAGGCUUCAUCAGCACCUCACAUUAGCUUCGAGGCAGAAGAGAAUUCUCUUUGGACAUUGCUGCUAACAAGCCCAGAUGAACAUUUGCAGGAUGGCGAGCAGGAAUAUGUGCACUGGCUGGUUGGUAAUAUUCAUGGAAACGCUGUCUGUUCUGGGGAUGUUCUCGCUCAUUAUGUCACGCCAUUUCCUGCAAAGGGAACAGGAUUCCAUAGAUACGUCUUUAUUCUCUUCAAGCAAGAUGCAGCUGUUGACUUUAGCAGUGAUGUCAGACCAGACCCCUGUUACAGCCUGCAGCAGCGAAGUUUUAAGACACUGGACUUCUACAGGAAGCAUGAAGAUCUAAUUACUCCUGCUGGACUGGCUUUCUUUCAGAGCCAGUGGGACAACUCUGUCACCAGUACCUUCCACACAUUGUUCAAUAUGAGAGAGCCGUUGUUUGAGUAUGACCAACCACCAGUGUAUCAUCCACCCCAGAAGAAAUACCCUCACGGUCAGCCACUUCGAUACAUGGACCGUUACAGAGGCGGAAAAGAACACACAUAUGGCAUUUACUAAAAAACAUGCUGUACAAUUGUUAUUGAAGAAAUUUCUAAUAAAAAUAUAUUUACAUCCAA